GGCAAACAUCGAUAAGCCCGAACAGACAUCGGUUUCUGCCGCACUCGUGCGAACGUAAUUUUAAUAAUAAGCUCCAUUUAUUAAUUAAAACCGAGCGAUUCCGCCAUGGCAUCCAUCCUGAGGACGGGCAAACUACUGCGCUACUUCGCCGGCUUCACGCGAAACGUGCUCGUGAACUCGGUGCGCGAGAACGAGGCCAGCAACCUGCUGAACAAUGCGCCCUGCAUGUGCGGCCAGUUCCAAAAUGGUUUUGCUACGAAUGCGGCGGCGAAAGCUGAGCUGAGCUUGGAUAAACAGAUUCGCCGGCUGGACCAGGAUGUUCGCCGGAUUGGUCGCAUCUCCCGACGCGAUCUGGAGGAGGUGCUCGAUGAGAUCCGCACACACAGGACGGCCACCAGCUCGCAGUCGCUGCUGGUGAUUCGCUGCUGCGGAAACCUGGUGCCGGAGGAGCUUCCCGAGGUCAGAACGGCUUUGGUCCAGGAGAUCUGGAAGACGCUGAAUGCGCUGAACGUACCCAUGGACAUCUCCCACUACAAUGCACUGCUUCGGGUUUACUUGGAGAACGAGCAUGGGUUCGCUCCCACCGAUUUUCUGGCGGAGAUCGAGGCGAAAGGCAUCGAGCCCAAUAGGGUGACCUAUCAGCGGUUGAUUGCUCGCUAUUGCCAGCAGGGAGACAUCGAAGGCGCCACUAGGAUUCUGGAAUUCAUGCGGGCUAAAAGUCUUCCCGUCAAUGAGAACGUCUUUAAUUCUCUCAUCCUGGGUCACUCGCAGGCCAACGAUUUGGAAUCCGCCAAGGGCAUCUUGGGAGUGAUGAAACAGGCGGGCUUGGAGCCCAGUGCUGACACCUACACCACUCUCCUGUGCGCCUUUGCCCGCCACGGAGACCUGGCUGCCUUAAAGGAAACCCUAACCGAAUGCGAGCAGAAGGAGAUCAUUUUGCUGGACAAGGAUCUGCUGGACAUUGUGUACACCCUUACUGUCAACGGCAAUGUCGAGAACGUGGAUGAGGUUCUGACAAAGCUUCGUCUCUCGCGUGGCUUUAAUCAGGAUGCAGUGAACGUGAUUCUGCGGCUGGUCAACAAGGGGCACGAAGAUGUGGGAUUGAAACUCCUUCGAGUGAUGCCAAGAAGCAGUCGUGUGAACGGCGAGCCCGUUGAUGUCGGAGCCUUCUUUAUCAGGCAGAUGGUUAAGGCUAAUCGGCCAGUGGAAAAGAUCCUGUCCAUCUGCAAGAGCCUUCAAUCCGAGGGUCUCAAUCCCAAGGCUUUGACUAUUGCCACUGAAGCUGGCUUGACCAAUGGUGUGGUCAAUAAUGCCCUUCCCCUGCUGCAAGAAAUGAAAAAUGCCGGUUUGCCCAUUAGACAGCACUACUUCUGGCCUUUGAUCUGUUCCGCGGAAUCGAAUCAGGUUUUGGAAAUCGUGCGUCGCAUGCAGCAGGAGUUUUCAGUGUUCCCCAACUCCGAAACGGUCAGAGAUUAUGUCAUUCCCAACAUGAAGGAAAAGAACUGGGAGAGAAUCGUCACUUCUUUGAGGGAUGCUGGAAUUCCCAACUCCACUGCUGUCACCUCGACCGUCUAUUCCGCCUUAGUGACCCACCAAAUUGCCGAAGCAGCCAAGAUUAUGGAGAAGAACAGGGCUUACUAUAUGCCCUUCUUGUUCAAACAACCUUUGAUUCUGGCCCUCAGUCACACGAACGAUUAUGCCUCCUUCAUCCGAUGUGUCCGCCAAAUUCAUGAGGGAUUGCAAUUUAGGCAAGGCAAGGAGGAGGAAGUUGAGCAGGUAGAAGGCGGAGCUGCUGUUCCGACGGAGCGCAUCACUCCCGAUGUUGUUGGUGCAAUAGUCCAGGAGGCAACCACUUAUUUCCGACGAGAUCGCGGAGCCACGCUGGAGAAAAUCCUCAAUGGUUUGGUCAAGCAGGGAUUGUCCAUUAGCAGUGCCAAAGCCACCCAGCUAUCCGAGCAAUUGGGUUCCGAACUGACUCCAAGGAUUUCCGAACUGCUGGGUAAACUGAGCUCGGGAGAACUUGAACCGGUUCCUCUUCCAAAUAGCGGCAAGAGAAGCUUGGAUUCGCUGUCCAUCGAUGAACUCGAACGCUUCAUAGUGAAUGUGGAGGGCAAGGGAGAAAAUGCCAACAACAUCAAGAGGCAACUUCUGAACGCCUGUUUCCGUUCCCAAAACUUGGAAAAGACCCUCCAGGUCAUCGAGAAAUUCGAGGCCGAAAAAUUCCAGAUCCCCGUUGGCAUUUAUGCCCAGCUCAUCGAUCUCUACACGCAUCACAAGAAAAGCUCAGAGGCAUUGGAAACUUACGGCAAACUUAAAGCGAACGACGCCACUUUCCAGUUGGAUAACUUUAAGUCUGUUCGUCUGGCUGAUCUUCUCUUGCAAGAGGAACGCGUGGAUGCUGCUUUUAAGGUACUGGAGGAGAACAAGAAGGAACUUCCUAUUGCUGAGGCCGAAGGAAGCUUUAAUUACGUGAGCACUGUGUGGAGAAUUUUGAACUCACUAGCCGAGGCUGGUCAGCCGGAAAAGCUGCGUAAAUUAUUUGAUGCACUUGUGGGUGCCAAUUAUAUUGUGCCCACCAAUGUGCUGCUGGGUCCACUGAUCAAGGUUCACUUGGUCAAGGAUGAUAUUCCCAAGGCAAUCGAAGCUUUCGAAGAGAUUUGCCAAAAGUAUAAAUCCACUCCUUGGAAGAACGAGCUGGCUUGCCGCCUAAUACAGAAGGAAGAUGCUACAAAUCUGCAGAAGUUAACCGACUUGAGCACUGGCAUCCAUGGUGAAGUAAACAGCCUUUACGAUCUGGUCUUCUCCUUCGUGGAGUGCGGCCGUGUAAGGCAGGCCAGGAAGAUCCUGGAAACCCCCGGAUUGCGUACCCGUCCUCAAAGAAUCAGCAGUGCCUGUGAUCGCUACAAGAAUGAGGGACUUCUGCAACCCCUGGAAGGUCUUAUUGAAGCCACGAAAGACCUGGCACAUAUCGACAGAAAUAAAAUUUACUACACCCUCCUUCUAAGCUACGACAAGGCAGAUGAGGCGGAUAAGGCUCUUGGAUUGUGGACUAAAAUGCAGGAGGAGAAUGUGGCACCGAAUGAUGCUUUCCUCUUGAAAUUGGCAGAAAUCCUAAGGAGGAAAAAUAUUGACGUGCCUUUUGUGGUGCCAGAGACCCAAAAAGAACAAAACAAAGCUAAGAAAAGUAAAGCACAAGAUGCAACGACAACAGAAGCUGCAACAGAAACAGCUAAAGUAGCAGAGGAACCCAAGGAGAAGCCUGCGAGAAAGGAGCCAGCUAAAACGGAAACAGUAAAGCCAGCCAAAGCCGCCUCCCAUUUGACAGGCUUCCGCAAAGCAAUCCUUGCCAAUGAUCCUGAUGCAGCUAUUUCGCAUAGGCAAAGUGUUCUGAGUGGUGAGAAAGUUGGAGUCUUGGACACCUCUCGACUGAUUGAACUCCUGGUUCGAGCUGAUCGCUUAACAGAGGCCACCAAAUAUGUCGAGGAGCUCCUGGGAGAUAAGCUGCACCCACAGCCAAAGAUCUUCAAGUUUUACCUGAACAAAAUUGCUGCUGCAGGCGAUUUGGAAACACUGCAGAGAAUUGGCAAGCAGCUCAAUGAGGAGCAGAAGCGUCUGGUUUCUUUUGACAAUCGAUUUUGCCAUGCUAAUAUAGUGGCUGGAAAGACGGAGCAGUUCCUCAAGCACCUGACCACGGAAAUUGAGGCAGCCAAGACACCCGAGGAGGCAACCAAGCUGGCCGAGAAGUUCCCACGCGGAGGAGCCGUAGGCAUUUUGGAAAAACACCCGGAACUUGUGCCGCAAUAUCAAUCCCUCGCUGAGAAGUUUGCUGCUCACAAUCAACUAGGGCCCAUGAAUGUCCUGUGGAUGCAUCUCAUUUCCAGUGGCCAGGAGGCGGCUUCGAAAGAGAUUUGGGAUAAGCACCUGUCCAAUGCCCCAAGGCUGAUGUUCCAGCGCGUUUUGCAGACGGCUCGCGAGCAGCAGGACGAAAAUCUCGCCUCCACAAUCAUUUCCCAGCUGAAGAACAGCAAAAUCUCCGAGGGAGCGAUCGGAAACGCGUACUCCUGCCUCAUCGACAUCCAGACUACCAAGGGAAACUCUGACAAGGCCAUGGAUGUGUUGGCCAAUGCCAUUAAGGACGUCUCCUUGGAAAACAUCAACAGGACAGCUCUGCUUCGCUUAAAGCAGGCGGUGGAGGAGAAAUCCCAGAAGUUCCCCUACACGAUCCCCGAGAAGCGAACGAAGGCCGACGACUCCAGCUCGUCGUCCUCUUCAUCCUCCAGCGACGACGAUGUGUCGCCAUCGGUGCCCGAAACCGUUCCACCCAAACCGGACAGCAAGGCUUAGAGACUCCUGAGAAAGGACCUUCGUUAUUUUAGCCCGUCGUGAUUAAAGCCUAUUUUUAAAGUAUGUACUAUGGAUAAACGCUUUGUAAACUAAAAUAAAUCUAGUUGUUUUGU